AGCCGUCCGAAACAUUUUGUUUUUCAAACGCUGUCGAAAAGAAUAAGACUAAUACAGACGAAAAAUUAAAAAUUGGCUUAAGAAUUCGUUUAGAGAAGAAUGGCGGGUAAUCCCGUUCGAGAAUUAAGUAUGGAGUGCGCCAGCUCUGUACACUUCAUUAAGAUGAAACAAUGUUUCACGUGGCUGCUUCCACAAAAAGAAAGAUUUGCGAUGGAUUUGGUACGCCACAACGGGAAAAAAAUGUCGCCAGGUCUAAGUGCACUUGGACUGCAUAUAUUUCGUCAAAUUUCCACCCUGUUCAAACCGCUCAGCAAUUCGAGAACGUAAAGAGAAAAUUUUUAGAACAAAGACCUUACCAUGCCAGAUUGAUUUCAACUGGUCGUUACGGGGAGAUUGGAAUUAUGAUUAAAUACUCGAACAUCAAAUGCGCUUGUCCGCGGAAUUUUGAUGUUACAACGACACGGCAUUCAAAUUUAGUGCCACGAAAAUUCAUUUACCGUGAUGGCAAUGUACUUAUCCAAGACAUAGUUACCAUUGGUAGUUAUUCAUCGUCCUUCGAAAUGAUUGGUGUGAAAGGUACCGACAAAACUCCAAUUGCUCGUGAUGUGGUCAAUGAAACUGGCGCCUUUUUCUAUUUGAUCAAUGGACCGGAACUCAUGUCCAAAUUGGUACAAUCAAAGUUGGUAUUCAUUUCGUAAAAAGAUGAUUUCUUUAGGGACGAACUAAACACCUUUACGUUU